AUGACGUUCCAAAACUUGAAUAUGGAUUUGCGGGUGAAGGGAGAAAGUAGUGUGGCUAGAUUUGUUUGUAUUAAUUUUUAUUUUCCAAAUUGUAAACCAAUUUUGAAGUCGAAUGUUCACCGACCUUCUGUGGACUACCACCCCCCAUGUGCUGCCCCUGCAUUACCACUACCCGCACCUCUUUUACCUCCACCAUUAACACCAGCCGCCCUAAGUCCUGAAUUAUUACGUUUACUGACUCUUCUUCCAUCAUUAUCUCCCGGUCUAACCAGUGCAGCUCCUGCUCUUUCGCUCCCUGGCCCAUUGCCCUUUUCGUUGCCCAAACCAGCACCCGCCCCGACUGUUGCCGCAAGUAUUGCCGUCCCUGCUCCACCACCGGUAGUCAUAGCUCCACCUCCAGCGCUCGGACCGUUAGUAGUCCAAUUACCAUCAAAAAACUGCAAACUGCCCCCAGUCGUCGUUCCUGCAGGACCAGCGCCUAAUUUGGUUGUCAAAGUCAAACAGAGCCCCCCACCUGCUCCGAUCAUUCUACCCGCAGCCGAACCCGGUCCAAUCAUCAUAAAAGACGGUGAUACGAUGAAGAAGCCAUCCAUAACGUUAGCCCCUGCACCGUGUGCACCCAAAAUAUUCUUCUCGUUACCAUCGCCAGCACCUGUUCCACCAGUAUUACUGCCACCCGGACCAUUGCCCAAAGUGUUCUUCAACCCCGGAUGUUUCCUACAACAACCCGACGUCGUUUUGCAAUCUCCGGUCGGCUUACCGGAAUUAUUUUUAAUCCCUCCCACUUGCCCAUGUCCACCACCGUUAUACCCACCAUGUCUUCCGGCCAAACUACCUCCACUUUUGGCUAAAGUCCCUUGCUAUUAA